AUGGCAGGAUGCCCCAGGAACAGACUCCACUGCACCAUUCUUGAGAUGUUGCAGCUUCCAGAAGUCCACAGUGCUAAUUAGGGACCUGUGGGAUCUUGUUCACCUAAUGGAGAAAUAGGUCUGAAGUGGAUGGCCGUGAGAAUGAAGCAGGCUAUCUGCCAGGAUGCCUCAGCCACCAUCAAGACUUUUGUGUGCAGAGAAACAGGAUUUAAGAGGGGAGGGAUUGAAAGGGUGUGGAAGCCACUGGGUUCAGUCAUCCAUUCAAUCCACAUUUUUUGACCACCCGCUAUGUGCUAGGCCCUGUGCUUACACUCAGGAUUUAAUAGAAAAGAAAUUAUUGAACCUCACUGGGCUGAUAGCGUUUCAGGGGAGAGAGAAGUGAAUAUGGUUAUACAUGAGGGUGAUUAGUGCCAAAUUGGGGGAAGCAAAGUGGGUGGGGUGUGUGUGCUGUGGAAGCCCAAGAAAAAGCACCUGAUUCAGUCAGGGACAAUCAGGGAAGGAUACCUGGAAGAGGUGACACCUAAGCCAAGGCCUGAUGAACAUAUACGAAUAUUUUUGGCAAACGGGGAUGCUGAAGUGAGGGAAAAAAUGCCUCUAAAGAACACCUGAGCAAAGACUCUGGAAUGAGAAUGAGUUUAUCCCAGCACUAAGAGAUGUUCAAAAGUACUGAGUAAGGAGUGAUGGGGAGAAGGGCAGAGUCAGACCUCACAGGGCCCUGGAGACCAGGCUAAGGAGCAUGGCUUUGUUUUGAGGACACUGAGAAACCACGGAACGGUUUUGGGCAGGGAAAUGUGUUAUAGUUAUUGAUGGUUGUAUAAAUCCAUAGAGCUUCUAUUUUUCUAAUGGACUAUUUUUUAGAACAGUUUUAAAUUCACAGCAACAUUGAGAAGAAAGUACAUGAGUUCCCACCUAUCCCUCACCCACCAACAUAGCCUCCCCGACCAUCAACAUUACAAUAGAUGAACUAACAUUGAUACAUCAUUAUCAACCAAAGUUCAUAGUCUACAUUCGGGUUCGCUCUUGGUACUGUACAGCCCAUGGUUUUUGACAAAUGUAUGAUGACAUGUAUCCACCAUUAUAAUAAUGUACAGAAUAAUUUCACUACCCUAAAAGCCCUCCAACUCCCAUGGAACCUUUUUAAAGGAAAGAUUUCUGGGUUUCUCUCUCAGAUCUAUAGAACUGGAAUCCUUAUAGGUAAGACCCAGGAAUUUGCAUAUUAAUGUUUCCCCCACCUAUCUCCAUAUGGAGGGUGAAAUUUAGAUAGCUAAUCCAAGCCAUGGUCUGUCUGCAGAAACUUCUGGAUGAUGUAAUAUCUAAGGCCUCUUCUCUGUCUUGGCCUGGAAAUCCACUUCCAGUUGAUUUUAGAAAUAACCAAGCAGUUCUCAUGGGACCCCGGUGGUCUUCCCUGAACGAUUAGUGUUGAGAAAAGAUC